CAAAGAUGGCAACGAUCAAAAUCCGACCUUUGGGUGGGUUGGUUGUUCCUGCGGCCUGAGAUUCACAAAUCCCUAACAUAGAUUCCGUUUAUGUCCCAAAAAUAAAAUAAAAAUUAAAAGGAAGUUGGGUUUUGUCCUAAAUCAAUGCAAACAAAUAAAAUACUUUUGCGACCAAAACUAAAGGAGAUUGCAGAGGGACUAGUGUUGUUUCAGGGGAUCGCAUCAUCUUCAACCCAAGGAAGAAAUUUUAACAGGGAAUUAGGUUUUUUUUAUUUAUAUUGGAGAUGGAUGCCAAAGCUGCUUCUGUCUUGCCAUCAAGCCUCAUAGAUCAGAUUGUCGUUCCAGGUGAUGUUGUUCUUGAUUUGUCAAAGACAAUCAAGCUCGGCAGUGGCCUCCGUCAGGAUAGUGAUGCUAUCUCUGCCAUGAGAGCUGGCAAAUUAAGUUACUCCAAGCCUAAUAAGUAUUGGGUCGAAAGUUCUCAUAAACGGUACAUACCUCGCCCUGAGGAUCAUGUUCUUGGAAUUGUGGUAGAUUCUAAACCAGAUAAUUUUUGGGUGGACAUAAAAGGACCCCAAUUAGCGCUUUUGCCAGUUCUUUCAUUCGAAGGAGGAACACGAAGAAAUAUUCCCAAGUUUGAGGUCGGCACUUUGCUUUAUCUUCGGGUUGUCAAGACAAAUACAGGAAUGAAUCCCGAGGUGUGUUGUACAGACGCAAGUGGGAAAGCUGCAUUAUUUGGACCCUUGAGAGAUGGUUUCAUGUUUGAAACUUCAACUGGUCUUUCAAGAAUGCUGUUGAGUUCACCAACGUGCCCGGUCCUCGAGGCUCUUGGAAAGAAACUCUCAUUCGAGAUAGCUGUGGGCUUAAAUGGCCGAGUUUGGGUAAAUGCAGUUGAUCCACGUACAGUCAUUAUCGUGGCCAAUGCAAUGAUGAACUCAGAAUUUCUAAGUGGGACUCAGCAGAGAAUCAUGGUUGAAAAAUUGCUCGCUAAAAUUUCAGACUAAUACGUUAUUAUAUCUUGAAAUGUAGUUGAACCUUAAUGAUGCUCUUUAGCAAGUGAUUUCUAUUUAAUGACAAAAAAAAGCAAGUGAUUUCUAUUCA